UCGUCCCUCCGUUUUGACCAUCUGACGCUGUGCACCUUCAAUGGCCACUCGUCGUCUGUUCGUCGAAUCGCUAGUCUUUCGAAUGAAAACUCCUUCAUUUCCGCAUCGUCUGAUAAAACCGUGAAAUUGUGGUCGAUUAAACCCGAAUAUGACACCGUGGAAGCUCAAUGGACUUACAACAGACAUCAGCGUCCAAUUCUUGACGUCACUCUGUUGGCAAAUAAUCUUAUCGCAUCCACAGAUGGGCAUCUUCAUGUGUGGGAUCCAUUCCGUGGCGCGAUCAUCACCCAACUAGACUGGGAUGGCGAUGCACGAUCUGUGCGUCUCUCAUGUGGACAGCAUCAAUGCGGUGAUAUAUCAAGUCAUCAAUUUAAUCAGUACGGCCUCAUAGACACUCGAACUGGCAAUUGGACAAGUGAGUUGAAGGUUUCGAAUCUGCCUGGUUUAACGCGAGCAUUUUCAGUGCGCGAGUCUGGUCAAAAAAUGGUAGUGGCAUUAUCGAACGGAACAAUUGUGUUGCUUGACGCUCGUACAGGCCGACUAGCUUCACUCUCCCACGGGAACAGCACUCACGCGACAGCGUAUCAGACGAAUGCAAAGGUUGGGGUGGAAUGGAGAUCUGGAUUUGGGCCUCUGGUUCAGCAGGACCAUGAUGGUUCGUCUGGGGUAAGAGGCGAGACGGACCAGCUAUGUUUUGGAGUGUUUUCUUUAUCCAACAUUUUGUUUUUCCUUAUUUCUAAUUGA